AUGGACGUGUUCAUGAAGGGCCUGUCCAUGGCCAAGGAGGGCGUCGUGGCCGCCGCGGAGAAAACCAAGCAAGGGGUCACCGAGGCCGCGGAGAAGACCAAGGAGGGUGUCCUCUACGUCGGAAGCAAAACCCGAGAGGGGGUGGUACAAGGAGUGGCCUCAGUGGCUGAGAAAACCAAGGAGCAGGCAUCACACCUGGGAGGAGCCGUGUUCUCUGGGGCUGGGAACAUUGCAGCAGCCACAGGUCUGGUAAAGAAGGAGGAGUUCCCCGCUGAUCUGAAGCCAGAGGAAGUGGCCCAGGAAGCUGCUGAGGAGCCGCUGAUUGAGCCCCUGAUGGAGCCUGAAGGGGAGAGUUAUGAGGAACAGCCCCAGGAGGAGUAUCAGGAGUAUGAGCCAGAGGCGUAA